GUCGGGGGGUUGGCCAAUCAGAUACCAGAUGUCUGAGUCAGGAUGUGACCUCAUAAAGAGCGACCCGCGGGUUCUUCUUCCUUUCUCAUCGAAAACAAACAACAAUGGCUGCUCAGAAGUCCGUGCCAUGGUCAAACUCUGAGGUGGAGACAUUUUUGAACCUGGUGGCGGAGGAUAGGAUCCAGAGGGAGCUGGACGGGGCCACGAGGAACGAAAAAGUAUUUCUCCAGCUUUCUCAGAUGAUGUCUGAACGAGGCUUCUACAGAACUCUUCAGCAGUGCCGCGACAAGCUUAAGAAGUUGAAGAGUGACUAUCGUGCGGUGAAGGACCACAAUGGCCGUAGCGGGGCUUCCAGGAAAAACUGGAAGUGGCUGGCCCAGAUGGAUGAAAUCUAUGGGCAGCGACCGUCUAGCAACGGGAGAGAGAGCAGCCUGGACUCCGCUACGGUCCACCUCGAGACUUUAAACGAGGACGACAUCUCCCAGGGCGAGUUUCUGUCUUUCACCCCCUCGGCCUCCUGCUCUUCAACGCCAGCACGUCCGACAUCCCCAACAUCCCCAACAUCCCCAACAACAUCACAUGCGGUGGCCGUUUGUCCAUCACGUGUAAUGGCUGGUAAAAGAAAAAGGACCUCCCACACGUCAGAGCUCGUCGAUGCCCUCCGAGAGUGCAGCCGGAACGACCAGGUCCUGCAAGCCCAGCGGGAGAGCCAUGUUGGGAGGCUUCUCGAUGAUGCCCGUGAGGCCAGGGAGCACCAAGCGGCAUUACAGCGAGAACUACGAGAACUACACCGAGAACAACAGGAUGUGCAGAACCAGAUGAACGAACGAUUUAACCUAGGGUUUCUUGCUGCGCUGGACCGGCUUACCACGGCGUUGACUGGGCAACGUAAUGGCAACUAACAUUUGUGGAGUCCAGUUUUUUAUUGCACAUUUUUAUACGUUUUUAUAAAAACAAUUUUUUUAUU